UCAGAAUCAGACGCUGUAACGUCUGAAACUGUAAAAAGAGGCUCAAUCACUCAUUUGUCAAGCUUUGUGUGUGUUUAUGUGUGGUGACAUACCUGAGCAUUAAAUCCUCGGGCUCUAAUCGCCUGAAGGGAAGAAUUGAACCUAGUCUUAUUCAAAUUAACCCCCACCACGCACACACACACAUAGACAUGCAUGUAUGCGAAUGACAGCACAGGAGCCAAUCAGCUUGCUCGUGGGGCGGGGCAACAGACUAUAAGUUUCUCAGGUGAGCAGCAGCAGGUGUACAGAGCAGGACAGGUGCAGGACAGGGCAACACCACCUGUGUGUAGCAGCUACAAACACACACACACAUUUAUACAUAAACACACACACACUUCUUGGAAGUGAGCAGAGGGCGCCUCCACAGACGGAUGUUCGUAUCGAAAGACAGGAAAGUGAAGAAAGAAACAAAGAUGGCGUCCUUCGUCCCAGAGCAGGGUCUGUCCCCACCUCUGUGUGGACAUCCUCAUCCUCAGCAGGAGCUUCCGUCUCUGGGCCUCGACUCAUCUGACUUCAGCCUGUACAGCCCUCCAGCUCCUCCUGAGCCCAACAUGUCUGCGGCACCGUGGAUCCCGCCUUCCAGCAACCACAGCGACCCCUAUCGGUGCAGCCCAGACGUAGGCCACAUUCCUGGGAUCGCUGCCGCCGCAGGAGCCCCACUGGGACUCUCACCAGUGUUUGGAGGCUUCUUCCCUCAUCUCUACAAUGGCCCCUGGUUCUCCAUGUGCAUGCCGGAUGACGUGCUGCGCCUGGUCCGCCCACCGUACUCCUACUCUGCCCUCAUCGCCAUGGCGAUACAGAGCGCGCCAGAUCAGCGGUUAACGCUCAGCCAGAUCUACCAGUAUGUCUCCGACAAUUUCCCCUUCUACAGCCGCAACAAGGCCGGCUGGCAGAACUCCAUCCGACACAACCUGUCACUCAACGACUGUUUCCGGAAGGUUCCCCGCGAUGAGAACGACCCAGGUAAAGGAAACUAUUGGACUCUCGACCCAAACUGUGAGAAGAUGUUUGACAACGGAAACUUCCGCCGCAAGAGGAAGAGAAAGGGAGAUAACGUAACCGUUGGAAAGAAACAAUCCUCCUCAUCCUCCUCUUCCUCUGACUCCUCUUCCUCUGACUCCUCCACAUCAGAGCCCAGCCCUAAAAUUCCCAGCAUACACUGCAGCGAUGAAAACAGUGAGCUCCCCGUUGUCUCAGACACCCCCCCUGACCUCAGCAGCUACCUGUGUCAUCUUCAGGAUUCAUUCCUCCCCCCUCCUCCUCCUCCACAUCACACUGGCUCCCCCUCACUGUACAUGCAGGUACCGGACCACACCUCUCACCACCCUCAGGGAUACGUCUCCUCUUACUCACCCGGCGCUGUGGUGCCUCAGUGGGACACCUGCAGCUCAUCACCUCCCUUCUAUUCCACCCAGUCAACAACCCCACACUUCUCCUUCGAAGACCCUCAUGCUGGCUCGCCGCCACACUAUGUCGACCUGCAAACGGCGCCUUGUCUUCUGCCAGACCUCCAAGAGGCCCAGCAGCUGCAGCAGCUUCAAGCUCAGUGUGAGCCUCUCUUUUCUGGGGGGUUUGCUGACGCUCUGCCCCUUGAUCCUCUGGUUCUCCAGCAGUGAGACCUCCAGAGAAUGUCAUGUGUUUACACUGUAUUUUAACAAUUGUAAAAUAUCUUCAGGUGGAUGUUUGCUUUGAAUUCAAGUGUGUGAAUGUUUGUAUUUAUCUUUUUUUGUUUGUUUUAUAUUAUAUGGUAAAAAAAAAGGGGUGAAUGUU